AUGGCAGCUUACAAGGAUCUUCAGCACCAGUCCUCUGACAGCUCCCUAGAAUGCAGUAUUGAGCCGUGUGGGCCGGGCACAACUCGUCAAAAGCAGCUGCAACCUGGGGAGAAGAGGUCCUUCAUGGAGACAGCUGGCUGUGCUUCAGUCUAUCUCGAGGGCACCGAAUAUGGCAUGCCCAUCAUGUUCUUGGAGGCAGAGAACGCGGAGGUCACCCACGACGCCCUGUCGAAAUCUUUGCAAGGCAUCACUGCUGUACUUCGAGAGAAGACAGACUUUGCCCUUUGCUUGGAUUUGCGCGAGAUGAGGAGGCCAGCGAUGAGUGACAGCCGCACUGUGAUCAAUUGGAUGAACGAAGAGGAGAAUAGCACCCUCCUGGGAAAUCAUGCCAUGAUUACUUGUGUCAUGGUGGCCAACAGCUGGGCCGGGAUGGCCAUCAGCACAGGUACCAAGAUUAUCCAAAGCCUUUGCAAUCCUGCAAAGCCGGCGGCCGUCGUUUACACGGAGGAUGCACGGGAUGCCUUCUUGAAGGAGUCCAUCGUAAAGCAUGUGGCUUCCAAAUGCGACAGCAGGUCAACUGCCGAUGAGUAG